AUGUUCCUCAACCGGAUGUUACCCGCACGAAGCUGUAAACCAGCAGUUUACCAACAAACAGCCACGCUCUUCAAUGCAGUUCAACGAAAACGGGAUCAGGAAAUCGCAGAGGAAAAGGCGAAGCAACCUAUUGCACUUCCACCCGCUAAACGACUGGCCAUCGUAACUUGUAUGGAUGCAAGGAUAAAUCCUUUUAAACAGCUUGGAUUCAAGGAAGGAGACGCCCAUAUAAUACGAAAUGCUGGCGGAAUGGCCAAAGAUGCCUUGCGCAGCCUAAUAAUCUCACAGCGCCUACUGGGGACACGGGAAAUUGCGGUAUAUCAUCAUACUGGGUGUGGAAUGGUGACGUUUCGAGGCUCGGAACUCAAGAAAAUAGUCAAAUGGUCUAAGCCAGAUGAUCCUUCGUGCGCUCAACAAGUGGAUGCUAUCGACUUUCUCGAGUUCACAAACUUGGAACAAUCUGUCAAGGACGAUGUAGAGUUUCUCAAGAGGAGUCCACUCAUCAUGGAAGGGACAAAAAUAACGGGAUGGAUCCACGACAUAAACACAGGAGAAGUACAUCAUUUUGUUCCUGACCAAUCAAGCCACUUCUGA